AUGCCCAGGCCUCUAACUCCCUCCACCGUUGAUGGUGGAUUCAUCCUUACUACUCCGGCGCUGGAAAAUCCAGCUACAUCUGAUCUAGUCUUCCAACGCAUCUUGCAAUGGCACCUUCCACAAGAUGUGAUUAGGAAAAUUGCCCCAGAGCUGCGCUUGUUUGGAUCUGAUGCGAUUUCAACGGAUAUAAAUUCUCUCAUUUCAAAUGCGGAAAGCCAACAGCCUUACGUUAAAGCGCACAAUGUGUGGGGAGCCCGAUACGAAUCCAGCGGGCUAGUGACCAGCACGGGGUGGAAGGAGCUGGGUAAAUGGGGAAUCAAGAAUGGCGUCGUCGGACUUGGAUAUGAAGAGGAAUUUGGCUCGUACCGUCGGACUGUACAGCAUGCAUUCAACUAUUUGUUCUCAGCUUCAUCAGCUGCUUUUUCCUGCCCGGUCUCCAUGACGUCGGGAGCGGCACGUUUAGUGAGACAUCAGAUUUCCGAUCUUCCUAAGGACCAUCCAUUCCACGUGCUUUAUGCAAAGCUAAUUGCUCGAGAAAACAAUUGGAUCUCAGCUCAAUGGAUGACGGAGCGUCCUGGCGGUAGCGAUGUCAGAAAUAGCGAGACCGUUGCUACAUACUCCCCACUAGCAUCGAAGACAGGUCGAUUCGGUAACAUGGAAGAGGGCGAUUACCUUCUUUCUGGAUUCAAGUUCUUCUGCAGUGCCACUGACUGCGAUGUCGUCCUAUUGUUGGCCAAAACUGAAUCUGGAGAACUAUCUCUAUUCGUUGCUCCAACCACGAAAACGGUAACGGACGCCUCAGGAAAGACCAAGAAGGUGUCAAACGGCAUUCGCAUUCACCGUCUCAAGAAUAAGAUGGGCACGAAAGAACUGCCAACCGCAGAAGUGGAGCUUCGAGAGGUGCGGGCGCAUCUCAUCGGUCCCAAGGACCGUGGUAUUGCAACAAUUGCUCUUCUAUUGAACACGACUCGCACUCAUAACUUCAUCACUGCGCUGUCUUGUCUUCGUCGUGCUAUUGAUAUUGCGAAGGCCUUUGCUAGGGCACGUACCACCAUCGAUCAGCCUCUAUGGACUUUCCCGAUGCAUCUGAAUGUACUUGCUCAGCUUGAAGUUAAGCAUCGGGGCUGGAUGCAGCUGGCAUUCUUUACUUCAUCCUUGCUGAGCUAUGUGGAUAACGGAUUCCCGGCUGGUAUACCAGACGUCUAUUCGGUAUUAGCAGAGUCACCAAGUGCGGCAACCGUUGUACUGCGAGCAUUUACAUCUACUUCCAAGGCUGUUAUUUGUAAAUCUGCAACAUUGGCAUUCCAAGAAUGUCAAGAAGCCAUGGGCGGGGUUGGCUAUAUUGAUGAGCCUGAUGAACCCGAGUUCAACGUGAGUCGCCUAUGGCGUGAUACCGCAAGUAACAGUGUCUGGGAGGGCACCACGAACGUUUUGGCCAGUGAGACGGUGCGGCAUUUGACCAAAGGCCGCAAUUUGGGUCUGUUCCACAAUUGGAUCUCUAAUGCCAUCGGCCAAAUUUCCGAUAUUGCCUUCAAGGUGACUCUCCAAAAUGUCUGGUCCGCUCUCAAGUCAAAACUGGAGGCUGGCCGAGAUGAGAAUGGCCUGGUCGGAGUACUGGGAGUCGGUCGCCAGGUCAUAUUCACCCUGUCGUGGCUUGUUAGUGGCAUGCUGCUCUCUUUAGAUGCGCAGCGAGACAACGGCAGCGUUGCCAGAGAGGUGGCUCGGAGAUGGGUUUUGGAUGGUCAGGGUGUACCUGGAGAGUUUGCGUUCACUGAUCUCAUCUACCAGCGGUCUGCCUCGGCUCGGGAUAGAAAGCCGACAGAUCGUGAACGCACAGAGUGGGAUUGUCGAAUCGUCUGGGGAGUUGAUCUUCCGUCCAAUGCGUCAGCGGGAUAUCGGGUGGCUAAGAUUUAG